AAACUAGCUAGUAAUUAAGUGUAACUGCAAAAGGGGCACAGAUGGGUUCAAUUAUUUCUUCCAAAUUAGCUACCCAGUUCAUCGCCUCCUACCUAGUAUGUUCCUUUGCUGUAGUUUUGGUCACUGGAGACGAGCCAGGAUUUGUGAGAACCAUGAACCGUGAGCUAAUUGGGCUCAACUAUGAACAAUUCAGCCACAUCCAUGUCUACUGGCACGACAUCGUCAGCGGGCCUAGGCCCACUUCCGUUCCAAUAGUGGCCCCGUCUUCAAAUACAUCCGUAGCGGGCUUUGGUUUUGUUAGCAUGAUCGACGACCCACUAACCGAAGGGCCUCAAUUGGGCUCAAAAUUGGUCGGGAGGGCCCAAGGGUUUUAUGCCUCCGCAUCUCAACAAGAAGUUGGUUUGUUGAUGGUUAUGAAUUUUGCUUUCAUGGAAGGAAAGUAUAAUGGUAGCACUAUAAGCAUACUAGGGAGGAAUACGGUGUUUUCCAAGGUUAGAGAGAUGCCGGUGAUCGGAGGAAGCGGCGUUUUCCGGUUCGCUAGAGGUUAUGUUCAGGCUAGAACUUAUAGAUUUGAUGUUAAUACAGGGGAUGCCGUAGUUGAGUACAAUAUUUAUGUGUCACACUAUUGAUGUUUGUGUACACUUUGGGUUCACUUACACUUUCUGAAUAAUACGAUCUUGCUGUAAAUGAGAGGUUGAUAUGUUUACAACUUCGUUUUGUUAAGUUAAUAGGGUCGUCACCACGUGUUAGAAUUUGACGCAAUUUAUUAUGUUGUCAGGUGAAAAUUUUUAUGCA